AUGGUGUGGCCGCUGGUGUUUCUGGCUGCGGGUGGUGCGGCCUAUGCCGUCCGUGGAGCCUUUCGACUAGCGAGCCGCACGCGUUUGGGAGCGUCGGGCAGCUCACAUGGGGCAUCUCAGGGGGUACCUCUCGGAACUCCUGCGUGGCUGGAAGGCGUGCUAAAGAAGGCGGGAGAUCUGCGACAUCAAGUGGAGCACCUUACACGCGACAUGAAGGGUUUUGAAACUCCUAUGACAAGAUCAGAAGCUUAUCAAAUCCUCAAACUUGGUCCCGCGGCAUCAAAGGAAAAGAUUCUGCAGACGCAUAAGCAGCUGAUGCUAAGGAAUCACCCAGACAAUGGAGGCUCCACCUAUGUGGCCGCAAAAGUGAACGAGGCGAAAGACAAGCUACUACGAGGCUAA